AUGGAAUUGAGAUACACGAGCAAGAAUCGACAAAGUUUAAAAGGAUCGCCUUGGCGUAGCUGCUUGCUGGGCGUAAUCCGGGAGGUUCACGAUGAUGAUAUCGUCGACAUAAAAGAACACGAUGAUGCCAUUCGUGCUCAGUAUUUUGACAAGUUCAGCUGGACGGCCACAUCACUAUUUGAUCGUUCUGAAUAA